AUGGAGGAGCGAGGGGGCCAAGGGACAAGGGUAGCAGACUUUGCCUUCCUCCCUCUCUGCUCCGCGCUUUCCCUCUUCUUUGGAUGGAGCUGUGGCCCCGCAGCGGAGGAAGCUGUGGUGGCGUUGGCGGCGUUAGCGGCGGUGGCGGCGGCCGAGCCAGCGCGAGCAGUGGCCGAGCUGGUGAGCGGUGAAGGCGGAGAGAGAGAGAGAGAGAGGCAGGCCCUGGGCCGCCCCGCAGCCUGCGGGAGGAGGCAGGAGCCGGGAAGGAGGGGAGCUGAGGCCCGGCGUGGGCAGGCGGGCGAAGAGGGCCCUGAUCCCAGGGUGGACCUGUCUUCAGCUUCCCGGAGAGCCCGGCUGCUUGCCAGCAGGACGCCCCGACUUGCACACUCCCUAGCGCGGAAGGAAACGGGAAUUCGGAGACCCGCUGGCGAGCCCGGUGCCUGGUGGCCCAUCUGCGGCGCAGCCAGCCUUCUGGGGCUCCAUCCCGCUACGGGGGACGCUAGAGUUCGGAGUCCUAGGGUGAAACUGCAGAUGGCCUGGCAGCCAGAGCCGGUGCUGUAUCUCCUUCCCUCAUCACCUCCUUCUCAACAGACUAUGAAAGCCAGAAGCACCUGGGCAGAUAUCAUGCAGACACUAAGAGACCACAGAUGCCAGCCCAGACUACUAUACCCAGCAAAACUUUCAAUCAACAAUGAUGGAGAAAAUAAACUAUUCCAUGACCUAACUAAAAUUAAACAAUAUAACUGAAUUUUUAAAGAAACCAAAACUUCCAUUACAUCAAUCUCUGCUCCAUUUUUAUCCCUGCACAUCUGGUAGGCGGGACAAAUUUUGGGUUGAAGGUUUUGUGGGUGUGGUUGUUUUUCUCCUUCCUCAAGUGGAAGUCCUGCUUGGCUACAGGAGGUUGCCAUUUUAGCCUCUAUAUCUGCAGUGGCUAGGAGUCUCAGCUAGGGUCAUCCCCAUAGGCUUCCCAGGAGCCUUUCCCACAUCUCUUCCCAGGUCUCCAGCUCAUCCCAGAGAUGCCUCCAUGGAUUUCACUUCGCUCUCCUAGCCCUCUCACCCUGCCUCUUCCCAUACCUGAUCCUUACCCCUCCCCCACCCAGUUCCCUACCUGCCUCCUGUUCUUUUGCUUCUUUUUAAAUACAGUUAACAAUAGUAAUGAGGCAUGAUACAGUGAGGAGAAAAUCAG